AUGGUGCUGGACGAUCUCCUUGUGCCUAACAGUGCCAUUCUUUGCACGGUGGACUGCCCUCCUGAUGGGACGGAUGUGUUCCAUGAACCUGCGGAGGGGUGGUCUCCUGCAAGAUCUGCCACUGGGGCGUGGAAGGACACUUCUUCGGCAGUCUACGGGGUCCGUCGCGUGGAUCUCUUCGAAGACCUGGGCCUGGACCGUGGCACCUGCGUGGCCCACGCCGGCUCUGUGCAGAUCACGGCGAGGCUGACGCAUCAUCUUGGGAAGGUGCUGACGGAGAUGUAUGCCUGCAUGCUGUUCCGGGAGAUGGUCAGCAGAGGUUGCACACUCUGUUGCCUGGCUGCGCUCUCUUGGCGCAUUGCCGUUCUCGAGGAUGACGUGAUUGAGCUGGUGCUGACUGGGCAACGGCUGGCGGAGACGAGCACCCCAAGUGAAGGCAAGCCUUGGCGUAGCCAGGGCCAUGGUGCCACAUCUUCGGCCGCUGGGGGAACUGGGGAGGAGGCGGCCGACCUGUCGACACGGCCCUGUGGUCAGGCUCCCGUGGGGUUCACGACCCACGACCUUCUGUGGCACACACUCCACCUGAAGCAGCCGAGCAGGUGGCAGGGCUCGCUGCGAGCGAUUCGUCCACGACACCUCCUCGUUGAUGAUGCAGCUGAACAAGUGGCCGACCUUGCCGAAGGAUGCCACAGGCAUGGGGCUGCCCACGAGUGGGUCGCAGAUGGAGAGAUCUUGGAGGCGGACAAGCCUGUCCUGGUGUCAGCUUUGAGUUCUAUCCCCUACUGCCAGGUUGAGAGAUAUUGUGGCCUUGUCACUGUCCACAUGAUCAAAGAGACCGUGAAUGUGACGCGCCAGUUCGAGUCACUACAGGUGUUUUACCACCAAUUUGUUGCAGAAGCGCUUCUGACAGCAAAAGCUCACGUUUUGGCGGUGGGCGGUGAUGCUUUGCUUGGCUAUCGCAUCAAUAACCUUUUCCUUCGUGAGGACAAACGCCGGGCGUACGCUGUGAUUUCGAUCUCGGGGGAUGCAGCAAAGCUUUGGAUGGAGUGA